AUCGCGUAUGUCAUGUCUGACCGUGUUUCGCGCAAUUUCCGUGGUACCGUGGGUCAAUAUUCGUCAUUCAGUGUAUAAAGCGCUGCGUAAACAGCUAUGGAUGAUCUGGCAUGUCCACGAUGCCGGACAACAAAGUAUCGCAACCCUUCACUGCGACUUCUGGUCAAUGUCUGUGGCCAUGCACUCUGUGAGAACUGUGUUGAGCUUCUCUUUGUUAAAGGUUCGGGGGCCUGUCCGCAAUGCAACGUGCCUUUGAGAAGAGGCAAUUUUCGGCUGCAAAUUUUCGAAGAUUCUAAGGUGGAAGAGGUGGACAUACGACGGAAGAUACUCAAGGACUACAACAAGCGUGAGGAGGACUUCGAGACACUGCGGGCUUACAACGACUACCUUGAGGAAGUUGAAACCAUAAUUUACAACCUUGCCAAUGAAAUCGAUGUCGAGGCCACACGACGGAAAGUUGAGCAAUACAAAAGGGAAAAUAAGGCCCAAAUACAGAAAGGAAAGUUGAAAGCGUCGAAAGAUGAAGAGUACUUGGAAGAGCUUUUGGAACAAGAACGACAGGAGACCGAGCUGAGACGAGACCAGCUGGCAGAAGUGGAGAAAGCAGCACAGCGUGAGAAACUCAAACAGAAGGAGUCACUGAUCGAUGACCUAAUGUUCUCGGAUAUGCCGGCCAGCAAAAUCCUUGCUAGCCAUGGAGACAAGCUUAAGCAGGUGGCAGGCCCAAAACCGCUACCUCCAAAGCCACUUUCUGCGGAGUUCUCCACGGGCAUAAAGUUCCGACCGAAGGAGGCUUUCCUUCCAGUACCAAAGAUUGUCGAAGGCCCGCUGUACAAGUACACAGCCCCCACAGUGGAUAUCUGCGGGCCAACAGCCCCGAGCUUGGAGUCGCUUUCACCUUUAGGCUACACAAACCACGUGCGGGCUACGGUGGAAGCGGAGGAGGCUGGAGGUUUCCUGGCGGGGCUAGCAUGCCAGAGGGCACUGCAAGAUGCAUUUUGCGGUCUGCAUUUCAAAGUGGCUGAAGAGGUGUCGUGACCGCCCGGUGUGCACCCAGCUCUCUUCAUAUGUACAUGCGCUUUCUGUAAAAUAAUCAGCGACAAGCUUGUUCUUAUGAUAAAAGCUUCGCUUACACGCAGUUAUGUUUACUUUGCAAGAGUAUGUAAAUUGUAAGUUUACGUUCUUGAUUUUGUAGAUCCCAUGUGCUUUCAUAUUAUUUCGAUUCUUGAUGCUGAACAGAGAAGGGCCUAGUUGGAAUAAGGAAAUGAGGUGUUUAACUUCAAGGCAGUGAAAAGCUUAGAUUUUGCUCAAGUUAUUUGUAAAACAUUUCUUUUUAAUACACAUUCUUGAGUGCAUAGGCUAGCUAAAACAAGCUGUAUUAAGAUCAUAGUUCAAUCUAGCAACCUUAAGUUGGCAACCCAAGGGUGCAAUUGUGUUCAGUGCCCUUGUGCCACUCAUGUAUCAUCAAAUUUUUAUGCAUCGUGUACUUCUUUAGUGCCGCUACUGUUAAUGUAACAGUAAGUUCCAAUGCUAUGUACAUUUUUUUUUAAAGUUUACUGAACCCCUUUUGUGAAUAUUGUGAAUAUAGAGUAUAACUGACAAUGUUGACAAGUAACCUAGCACUUUUUUUUUUUUUUUGUGGGAACAGUUGGGAACAAGAGCUACCCAACUUCUGAAGGAAUGACAUGCACAAAAACUGAGCUUUUUUUUUUUUUUUUCAAGUGGCACUCUCAAUUAGCAUUUAGAAAUUUUAACUAUCAUGCAAAGUCUGAAAAUAAACAUCAGAAGACACGUG